AUGGAGACCUUUCAGCUGCGAUCCGAUGUCGAGAACCGCGGGCCUCUAUUGUUAACUAUCAAUUGCACGGUGACAGGCUUCGCGGCGAUCAUUGUGUGUCUCCGCACGAUCUCGCGGGUCUUCAUUGUGAGAAUGUUUGAUCUGGAUGACUGGACCAUAAUUGCUGCGACUAUUUUUGCAGUUUUGAACGUCGUGGUCUCCGGGCUUGGAGUCAAGCAUGGAACAGGGAAGCACACAUGGGAUCUCUCCAAAGCAGACGCCCUGCCUGCAGCGAAGGUUCGAUAUGUGACGCACAUCAUCUAUACUCUGAUCAACGGUCUGAUUAAGGUAUCAAUCUGCCUGCUGUACCUGCGGGUGUUCCCUAACAUCCGAGUCAUCUCACUCGGAACAAUCGCCUUCGUGACGGCCAUGAGUGUCGCAAUUAUGCUCGCAACUAUCUUUCAGUGCUCCCCGAUCAGUUCUGCUUUCGACGAACAAGAUUUUGAACAUUAUACUUGCUUUCAAUCUGUUCCAUUUUGGUACUCGACUGCCGCACUGUCUCUGGUGACAGAUGUUUGGAUUCUUCUCUUGCCACUGAAAACAGUCCUUGGGCUUCAUAUUGGGACUAGGAAAAGAUUUCUCGUCGCUGGUUUGCUAUCAUUGGGCUCCUUUGCAUGUAUCGCCAGCAUCAUCCGGAUGGUCUACAUUGUGGAAUUAUACCAAAGCUCAGAUCCUUCUUGGGAUACUUUUGGGAUUUCUAUCUGGUCAGUAAUCGAACUGGCUGUCGCUAUCAUCGCUGCCAGCAUCCCGGCAACCAAGCCGAUCAUGAACAGACUAUUUCCAAAGCUCUUUCCCAGAAGCGUUUUGUCGCAUUCAACCAGCUACCGAGCUUAUCCUUCAGAUAGUCGGAUUGAGAGUAACCGACUGCGCUACGGACCGAGGGAUGUUAUUCCACUCUCACUUUUCCCGACGAGAGAAGGAAGUGAUACGGGGGAUGAUGAGUCUACGAAAGCAAUAACGCGGGAAAACCAAUCAUGA